GUAGACGCGUAAAAAUGUCCUUGUCACAGUUAGAGGGAACAGUAGUAUCUAUGGAGGGAAUGAACAAAAGCCAGGCGAAAGAAGUCAUAGACCUCGACAAUAAACUAAAAGACCAAAAUAUCGACUUAUCGUACCUGAUCCCUGGUUUUUCUGGUAGUGGCUUUCGUAAACUAUGCGUUCACCUGCAAAAAAGCGGUUUUGAUCCUAACGAAGUAAUUCCAUUUUUUCACACAUUAUUAAGCCAUCUGGGGCUGAGUCAAUGUGUUCCAAAACCCUCAUCCAUUCAGCCAUUAAUAAGUUUUGAGAGUAAUUUUGAAAAGGAGGAUUUCAAAGCAAUUCAAAUGAGAUGCUUCAUUGUACGAGUGUAUCGAAAGCUUGACAAUGACCUCCGUUCAUCAUUCCUUGAAAGUAUUUGCUCUAUGUGUAGGAUCAACUCAGAGAGUUACUCUGAUAGCUACAAGCUAUUUAAAUAUAUUGAAAAUGGAGAAUAUGUUCACACUCAUGAUGAGACUGGGCUUUUCUUCAUCUUUUCAGCACUUACGACCAAUGCAGAGUAUUCAAAAGUGUUAACUUUUGCUAAAGAACUGAUUCAUAAGGUCUGUCCAGAGUUAACUGUGCAAAAACUUGAACGAAGCAUGAUGUGGAUUAAGGAAUACAAAUAUUAUCCGCAACAUGUCAUUUCAGAGCUAUCAAAUAAGGUAAAAGUGACAUACAAAGACAUGGAUGAUAUUCCAACUGGUGACUUCUUUUCUCCUUGGCCCAAAGUUGAUCGUACACGCUAUGUGACCCUUGCUCUUGUCAAGAAUAUUGGUAUCACACGAGAUGAUGACUUCUCCCACCGCACCCUCAGAAAAUCAGAAGACGACAUUCCUCGACAUAAAGAUGCUGUCACGUAUGAGGAAGUGUUUGCUAGGAAGCUGUUACAAAAAGCACAAAUUCUCAUCAGUGGACGUCCUGGAGCUGGUAAAACAGUUCUAUUGACUAAGGUUGCCAAGGACUGGGCAAAAGGAGAAUGCUUACAUGAUGUCAACCUAUUACUACAUAUUUCACUUCGUGAGCUGGCUCGUAAAAGUGACUUUCCUCAAUUAGAAGAUGCCGUAAGUUUAUGCCUUUUAGACAAGGAGAAAGUCCACGAAUUAGCUAAGGUAAUUGAUGAGGUCAACGGAAAAGGAAUUUGCUUUGCUUUUGAUGGCUUGGAUGAGUACCCUAAACGCAACGAUCCUAGUGAUGCCAUCAUGAAAAUUAUUCGUAAAGAAUUUCUACCAUUAGCCACUGUCAUUGUCUCAUCUCGUCCAACUGCUUCUAGCUGUGUACCUGUACAAAGCAGAGAUCUACAUGUUGAGAUAAUUGGUUUUAUGCCCGAGCAGAUUAAAGAGUAUGUCACUCAAUACUAUGAGUCACUUCAUACGCCUCGUGAAGCACAAGACCUUCUCUCGUACCUUGAUAGUCAUCCGAAUGUCAAGGACAUGUGCUAUCUACCACUACACUUAGCUAUGAUACUGUACAUUAACCAGUUCAAAGGCAGUAAUCCACUCCCUGAGACAGAGACUGAGAUCUAUACUCAGUUCAUUGCUCAUUCCAUUAUUCGCUACAUUAAAAAAAAAGAAGAGGCAGAUGACUACAUGAUCAACAUUAGGGAUUUCAAGGAUUUAGAAAGAGAGCUGAAAGAGGAGGGACAAGAUGAAUUGGAUUUGUUCCAUACAAUCUGCAUGAUUGCGUUUGAGACAAAGCUCAAAUCACACUUGAUUUUUGACAACAGUUAUCUCAUAGAUAACUUCCCCGAUCAUUUUAGCAGUCGCUCUAAUCGUAAAAAGUUAUCAAAGAAUGGCUUGGGCAUUUUGUCCAAUUAUACUAAAAAGAUUCAAACAGGUGAAGAGCCACAGUACAGUUUCCAGCACUUGACCGUUCAAGAGUUCCUGGGAGCUUACUACCUCAGUAGAGUUAGCUCUGAAAAGUGUCUGGAGUAUAUUAUGUUACACGGAAGGUCUAGCGAUUUGAGAGAGUUCUGGAGGUUUUUCUUUGGUCUCACAAAAUACAGCCCCUCAUCUCCAGCAUACUUUGGUAAGAUCUUAGCUGCAAAUUGUACCCAGGGCAGUGAAACACUGUUCCUUGCUCGUUGUCUUUUUGAAGCUCAGAAGUCUGAGUACAGCACUCAAAAUUGCAGGGAUUUCCUGGCAUCGAGAAACGGAAAGGUUGAUGUUAGUAAUAUCAUUCUUAAUUCUCCAGACUGUGCUGCUAUUGGGUACUCAGUCUCUCAGUGUCCUCUUGAUCUGAGGGAGCUAGUCAUGAAUUACUGUCAAGUUGGUCCUGGUGGAAUUAGAGCUAUGAAUUACCAAAUGGAUCAAGUAAAAGCCGUUUUUACCAAUGCCAUAAAUAUGCAGGUAAGAUCACAAUUUAAUCCUCUUGGCAACGAAGGAGGGAGCCCGUUGACUGAUAUAUUAGAAAAAAUGCCACAUCUUACUGAACUGAGGCUUUAUGGUAAUGAACUUGAAAAUCAAAAGCUCUUAGAGCUGCAACCAGUCAUUUCACCGAUGACUAAUCUUCGCAUUCUUGUCCUGACUAAGAAUAAUCUUGGUCCCAAGUCAGGCGAAACCAUUGGCAAAGUUAUUUGUAACUUGAGAAGUUUGAUCCAGUUCUACGCAAGUUAUAAUCCAAUCGGUACUGAAGGAUUGGAAGCUUUAUUGCCGGGACUUGUCAACUGUAAACAAUUGCAAAGGCUUGGGUUUCGUGACUGUCAGCUUUCUAGCAAGUCAGGUCAACUGUUUAGCAAAAUAAUAUCACAACUGUCAAACCUUGAGCAACUUGAAUUGUAUCUUAACCAGCUUGGUGAUGAUGGUAUUGAAGACAUGAUUGAGAGUCUUAAAGUUGCUCCAAACCUGAAACAAUUAAGUUUCACACAAAAUGGCAUCACUGAUAGAGGUGGUUGCCGUUUAGCAGAACUAGCUGAAGUCACACCUUCAUUGCAGCAAAUGAGGUUGUUUUAUAAUCAGGUCUCUGAUGUGACGAGGAAAGCAUUUUAUGAUGCUGCACAAAAGAGGGCACAGAAAGAACUCCAUGAAGUUCGAUAUGCAAUUUGAUUGCUACUUUAAUUUGUAUUGAUUUUUCAUUGGGAAAUUAUUGUGUGAACCACAUCAACAAUUAAAUAGAUUAUAAAAAAGGGAAAUUUUUGUCAAA